AUGUUUACCAUCUUCAGAAUCAUACUUAUCUUCUUCUCCAUUGCUUGCACUGUGCUCACUGCCUUUGCAGUGACAGGCUCAUUCAAGAAUGAACGGUUUUUGACCAACACCUACUUGGUCAACGUUCAUCUCACUUCUUUAAAUACGUCAGCUCUUAUCAAUAUGGCAGCCUCUGGUGCGAAUAUUCAGAAGAGAGCUACUUCUACCAUUCCACAAGUUGCUGCCGUCUGGCAAUCCGCUCAAAAUGGAGAUAUAUCUGGCGCUGAACUGUCUAUUAUUCAAACCAUUGAUGCUGCAAUUCCUGACAUCAGCUACCGGGAAUUAGGAUUGCCAGAUGUAUACUCAUUCAGUUACUGGGGUUACUGCAGAGGUUAUAUCAUCGGAGACAUAACUGCAUCUAACAAUCACCCUUUCGACAACAACAAAGUCAACUACACUUGGUGCUCUCCAGCACAAGUCGGAUUUCAAUUGAAACCUAUUGAUUUGUUCAAGACAGAAUUGAACAACACACUUAACAACAGAGUCAACGGGCUUCCAGCAGGGAUUCAGACAGCAGCCCUGACUUACAGUAACCAGUUGCAAUUAUUGCUUAACAGCAUCGGGGACGACAACCUUCAAUUGCCCGGCAAUUUGAACGAGAAUAUUGACCGCCUUAACACUGUAACUGUGGUUUCCUUUGGCUUUCUUCUUACAGCCUGUGUUUUGUCUGCCAUAUCAGUAAUUAUCCAGUUAUUGGCAUUCUUCUUUUCGCCCAAUAGUUGUUGUCUUACAUUCUUGAAUUUCCUCUUCCAGGUUCUUGUUUUAAUUGUAGUUUUGGUAGCUUCUGCUACUGCAACGGGGGUCUUUUUCUUUGUUCGGGGCCAAAUAAAUGAUCAUACAAACGAAUUCGGAAUGAAGUCUUUCUUGUCGAUCAACUUCUACGCAUUUGCCUGGUCUGCCGCGGCUGCUGCAUUAUUGGUAGUCCUCUUCGGAUUAUUGGGCCAUUGCUGUGGACUCUUUGGUACGGGCCGUAGAAGAUACAGAGCUGUACAACCUCCAGUUGCUUACGAUCACAAAGAAGACAUGGUCGAAAGUGACAGUGAUUGA